AAGUGGUGGUUCAGCGCUUGAAUCGGACACCUGUGACCAUGCCCUAAGUUAAUGGGCCAUCUGGGUAUUUCCUACAUUGAGAACCAUCCCAUCAGUUCUUUUUUCUGGUUGUAUCACUGAUUAAAACAAACAAACAACUAAUUAUAUUUUAUAUUGAUGUGUGAAAGAAGCCUAGGUCCUAUCAAAGGGAUGACUGACCUUCCUUUCCACGUAUUUCAGUGAGAAUCUUGGAUUUGUUGAGAGGUAUUGUUUCAGCGUGAUUAGAGUUAGGCCUGAGCUUAAAUCCCUACUCUCACUAGUUUAGGGAUUGAACAAGUUACUUCUCUGGGCCUAAUUUCCUCAAGGUAAAAUGGAGCUAAUGAUAAUCACCUCAUAGGUUAUUGAAAGGCUUAAAUGAAGUAAUGUGUGUAAAGUGCCUGGUCCAUAGAAAGUAAUCAAUAAAAAUUAAAAACUGCAUUGUUGAGUCGAUUCCGACUCAUAGCAACCCUAUAGCAAAUAUUUAAUAUGGUACUUAUAGUCUGCAAGGCAGUGUUUCAGGUGCUUUACAUUUAAUCUUUAAAAUAACCCUAUGAGGUAGAUACUACUAUUGAUAGCCACAAUUUACAGGUGAGGAAAUUGAGGUAUAGAAGGGCACAUUAGCUUGCUCGUGGUUACGUAGCUAGUACAUGGUGGAACCAAGACUUGAACCAGGCCCAUUGCUUGAACCAGCCAAUUGCUCCAGAGUGCAUUCUCUUAACUGCUAUACUGUACUGCCUCUUAAAAUGUAAGCUGUUAUUCUGUUAGUUUAAAAUGAGUAACUAGAUAGUUUCUGUACCACUGGAUUCUUGACCUUUGUUGGUUUUGGGAGACUGAUAAUAGCAACGUGAUAUAGGAAUAUGAGGAACUUAGGUUUAAGUACCAGUUCUGCCAUAUAUUAGCAGUGUGACAUUGAGAAAGUGAGCCUCAUUUCCUCUUCUGUAAAAUGCAAGAUUAUGCCUACCCCACUGUUUAGAACUACGUGGUGCUACACAUACGUUGGGGAUUGAUACAUUUGAUCGUGAUCUAGCUGAAAUGGAGAGGUCUUCUCUGUCAGCUGAAAUGUCUAUGAUUUUAUCUGCCUCAGUCAUUCGUGUCAGAGAUGGACUGCCACUUUCUGCUUCUACUGAUUAUGAACAAAACACCGGAGUGCAGGAGUGCAGAAAGUAUUUUAAAAUGCUCUCGAGGAAACUUGCUCAGCUUCCUGAUAGAUGUACACUGAAAACUGGACAUUAUAACAUUAAUUUUAUUAGCUCUCUGGGAGUGAGCUACAUGAUGUUGUGCACUGAAAAUUACCCCAGUGUUCUGGCCUUCUCUUUCCUGGAUGAGCUUCAGAAGGAGUUCAUUACUACUUAUAACAUGAUGAAGACAAAUACUGCUGUCAGACCAUACAGUUUCAUUGAAUUUGAUAACUUCAUUCAGAGGACCAAGCAGCGAUAUAAUAAUCCCAGGUCUCUUUCAACAAAGAUAAAUCUGUCUGACAUGCAGAUAGAAAUCAAGCUGAGGCCCCCUUAUCAAGUUCCCAUGUGUGAACUGGGGUCAGCCAAUGGAGUCACAUCUGCAUUUUCUGUUGACUAUAAAGGUGCUGGGAAGAUUUCUUCUGGUCAUCAGCGACUGGAACCUGCAACUCUGUCAGGGAUUGUGGCAUUUAUCCUUAGCCUUUUAUGUGGGGCUCUGAAUUUAAUUCGAGGUUUUCAUGCCAUAGAAAGUCUCCUGCAGAGCGAUGGUGAGGAUUUUAAUUACAUCAUUGCAUUUUUCCUUGGAACAGCAGCCUGUCUUUAUCAGUGUUAUUUACUUGUCUACUACACCGGCUGGCGGAAUGUCAAAUCUUUUUUGACUUUUGGAUUAAUCUGCCUAUGCAAUAUGUACCUUUAUGAACUGCGCAACCUCUGGCAGCUUUUCUUUCAUGUGACUGUGGGAGCGUUCGUUACGUUACAGAUCUGGCUACGGCAAGCCCAGGGCAAGGCUCCUGAUUAUGAUGUCUGACACCACCUUCAGACCUAUUGCCUUGGCUUCAGGGGACAAAGGAAGGGAGCACAUCUUAACUGCCACUGUGAUGAAGAAACUGCUCACCCCCAAUGAGAAGCUCUGCUUUCUUUCUCUCCUGCCUGCCUUUUUGUUUUAAAUCAGCAUAGCAUGCCUGUGAGUGUGCAGGACCUGCCAGGCAAAUCCCCUCAGAAGAGUGUUGGCUGUGGGAUUAUCAUUCCGAGGAGGAGGAGGUGGCGGUGGCUUAUCUCUGCAGAGCCAUAACGUGGAGGAACAGUCGGACACCAUUGGAAGACUUCGCCAGCGGGCCUGAAUCCUUGCUGAAGGCGUCCAUCAAAAUAUACAUGUGGUCCCUGCUCUGAAGCCAAGCAGGAACUGUCAACGUGGGUUUGCCUUUGUGAGGCAUUAGUAGAGACCAAAUAAAAAGAUGGUGCACUAAAUUGGAAAGUUUAUAUUUAAAACAAAUGACUUGCUAAAUAUCA